AUGGCUGCCCAAUUGCUGGAAGCUGCUGAUCUGGACGAAAUCACGAAUCCUAUAAACUCAACGUCGCUCUCUUCGGAGGCCUAUGUCCUUGCUUUAGCAAAUUUGCCUUCAUCGUACGCGGCCGCGGCCUCUGCGCCGUCGAAUCGAAUCGACAUCUACGAUAAAGAGUCUCUGCGAGGGAUCCAGACACUCGCUGGUCAUGAAGUCGCCGUGACCUCGCUUUCCACCGUCGACCUCUUCGUCGGAUCGAACCAGCCCUGUCUUAUAUCUUCUGGGAAGGACGGCCUGGUGAGUAUAUGGGACCAGCGAUCUGGUGCCCCUUCCGUGCAGAUGACGACGUACGAAGGAGGUAACAGACCAUUACUUUGCUGCGACGUCUCGAUGGAUGGGACAUUGGUUGCUGCUGGAACGGACUUGCAAGGGGACGAUGCUAUCAUUCUAUACUGGGACGUCCGGAAGCCCAACGUACCGCUUCGAAAGCACACAUACGUGCACUCAGAUGAUAUUACCGCCGUACACUUCUUGAAAAAUCCUUACGGGGCCGUUACUGCCCUACCACAAGAUCUCCUGCUUUCAGCGUCAUCAGAUGGCCUGAUAAGUAUAUCAAACGCCCAUGAAGAUGACGAAGACGAAUCCGUUUUGCAUGUCGGCAAUUUUGGAUGCAGUGUCGCACAAGCCGGUUGGAUAUACGACCCAGACUCUCCUAGAAUAUGGGCUUCUAGCGACAUGGAAACAUUCAGCGUGUGGUCGCAAGAGCUUGAUCAACUACAAAAUCUGGACAUACGGGGCCCUUCGGUUCAUACCCAGAAACGGACUUGGGUUACAGACUAUCUCAUCACCAGUCUCAGCAACAAACAGCCUUGGAAUGACCAUUCGAAUCUCAUGGUAUACGUGGGGUCUAAUGAAGGCGAUGUCGCGUUGUUAUCGUGCUCCGAUCAUUCUGAUUCUGACGCACCGUGGACCUUACACCGGGUUUGGACCCACGGACAUGAAGGAAUUAUCCGGUCAUUGUUAUAUGACGAGGAGAACCAUGUCCUCCUUACUGGCGGUGAAGACGGUAGACUUAACCUUUGGUCGUCCCCUUCCAUGGCUGGCGACAGCUCCAUGAAUGUAGACGAAAGCAUCCCCUCCACCUCGAGCGCAAGACCAGCCGUGGGCCGAUCGUUGAGCCGAUCGUUGAAAAGAGAACUAGAAGAUGGUGAUAUGGAUAUAGAUGAUGAGAUGCAGGGCAAAAAGGCUCGCAAAGGGUGA